AUGGUCCUCAAACUCUACGCAGCUCCUCUGUCCACCGCCUCCCUCCGUGUUGCUCAGGUUCUUCACGAGAAGGAGGUUCCCUUCGAGUUCCACCCUGUAGAUCUCCAGAAGAAGGAACAGAAGGCUCCCGAAUACCUGGAGAAGCAGCCAUUCGGUCAAGUUCCCUACAUUGACGACGACGGAUUUGUUCUCUACGAAUCUCGAGCCAUUGGCCGAUACCUUGCCCUGAAGUACGCUAACCAGGGUACUCCUCUUGUACCGGACAUCAACGAUGUCAAGGCUUGGUCUUUGUUCGAGCAAGCAGCCUCCAACGAAUACGCCAACUUUGAGUCCAUCGCUGUGAAGAUUGUCUACGAGAAGGUCUUCAAGGCUCGAGUUGGUCAAGAACCUGAUCAAGCGCUCUACGAUGCCGCGGUAUCACAACUCUCUGCCAAGCUGGACGUUUACGAGCAGAUUUUGUCCAAGCAACCUUACCUGACGGGAGAUAAUGUCACACUCGCCGAUCUGUACCAUAUUCCAUUUGGAACCCGGCUCUAUCUUGCAGAAGCUGGCCACCUCAUCGAUUCGAGACCUAAUGUCUCCAGAUGGUUCAAGAGCUUGACCGCGCGCCCAUCUUGGGAGGCUGUCAAGAACGGUAUCAAGAGCACAGCGCCAUGA